GACGAUUACCACUAGCCAGCGAGGUUCGACAGACAUGGCAGGACACACCAACGGGGUGAACGGCGUUGCCGGUUCUCGGGUUCUCAAACCUGGUAUCUACGCACCGAUACCCACCUUCUUCGUGCCAGAUACAGAGGAUCUCGACCUCGAAUCCUUUGCCGCGCAUGUCGUGCGACUCGCGAAGGCUAACGUCCGCCCGCUUAUUGCAGGCUCAAUGGGCGAGGGCAUUCACCUCACACACUCCGAGCGAGCGGUCCUUAUCAAGACGGCGCGUAAGGCUCUCGACGAUGCAGGCCUGCCUGACGUGCCUGUCAUUGCGGGGACCGGGACCGGGAGUACGCGCGAAACGAUCGAGCUCUGUCACGAGGCCGCGGCGGCAGGCGCUGACUACGUUAUCGUCAUUACGAGUGGAUACUUUGCUGGUGCGCUCACAAGGGACGCUCUGAAGGCUUACUUCGUCGAGGUGGCGGAGAAGAGUUCGCUCCCCGUGAUCGUCUACAACUAUCCCGGGGCUAGUGGUGGCAUUGAUCUCGACUCUGACCUGAUCACUGAGCUUGCUGAACAAUGCCCAAACCUCUGCGGUGUAAAACUCACGUGCGGAAACGUAGGCAAGCUUACGAGGAUCUGUGCGACUGUCUCGGAGCAGAGUUUCGUGGACCUGUACCCUCGGAAGAACCCGAACGCGCCCUUCCUCGUCCUCGGAGGUUUCGCAGACUUCAUCGUCCCGUCGGCCUUCGCCAACGGGCACGGCGCCAUCAUCGGCCUUGCCAACGUCGCGCCGUACACCUGCGCACGCCUGUUCGAGCUCUCCGCCGCGGCGCUGUCCGACCGCGCCGUGCUCGCUGAGGCUCAGCGGCUCCAGGGCAUCGUCGCCAGGGGCGACUUCACCAUCGCCAAGGCGUCCAUCUCCGGCACCAAGUUCCUGCUCGAGAAGCUGUACGGUUACGGCGGCCUCCCGCGCAAGCCGCUGCCGCCCAUCAAGUCUGAGGCUGCCCAGGCGCUCUGGGAGCAUCAGCACGUCAGGGACCUCGUCCAGAUUGAGCGCGAGCUCAGCGGGAAGCUGUAGACAGAUUGAGAGAAAGGUCGUCCGACUUGGAACUACAGUAUGCUUAGAGUCUGCGAUUUGGUUUAUCGUUCUUGCAUUAUACUUCAUCUGCCAUUACAGCUGUAUUAGUACGCGGCCAUACAUCUUUGUUGAAGACACAGGAGUAUUCGC